AUGGAACAGCCCAAUGAUUCAUUAAGAGUCGACCAUAAUGAUGGUGAAGAGUCAAAAACAGAUGCCCAGGCAUUUGAGCAUCUAACCUGUGUGGACUCCAGAGAUCCUUCCUUUGGACAAAAUGACUCUCCUACAGUUUUGUGCAUCACUACUCCUGAAGCAAAUAAUUCACCGACAUCACAGAAAAUACCAGAGCCUGUGACUCAGACACCGACUCUUUCUGCAGAGCAAUUCCAUCUAUUGGACCAAAAUGGGCAAGCUGUUCAAUAUGAACUUCAGUCAUUGGGGGAUUCUAAUGCACCAAUGAUGAUCGUUGCCAGCCCAUCAGAAAAUGGACAGGUGCUUCGUGUAAUUCCAUCUAUGCAGACAGGAAUGGCGCAAGUGAUUAUACCUCAGGGGCAUCUUGUGGAUGUGAAUAGUCCUCGGGAUGUCUCUGAAGAAAAACCCAGUGACAGAAACUUACCAACUGUAAGAGUGGAUGCUCUAGCAGACAAUACCAGUAGUUACAUUCUUCAUCCGCAAGCAUCCCUCUCAUUGCCCAAAAAGUCAGUGACCAGAAUGCUUGAAGAACCUUUUCUGGCUCCUCUUCAGCCACUUUCUUCUAACACACCUGUAUGGGCCUGCCGUCUUAGGAGCUGUGAGAAAAUUGGAGAUUCAUACCGGGGCUACUGUGUAAGUGAGACUGAAUUAGAGAGUGUCCUAACAUUUCACAAGCAGCAAACACAGAGUGUUUGGGGAACUCGCCAGUCUCCAAGCCCAGCCAAGCCUGCUACACGUUUGAUGUGGAAAUCCCAGUAUGUCCCAUACGAUGGAAUCCCAUUUGUCAAUGCAGGGAGUAGAGCCGUGGUAAUGGAGUGUCAGUAUGGGCCAAGGAGAAAAGGUUUCCAGUUAAAAAAAAUCAGUGAGCAAGAAAGCAGGACUUGUCAGCUCUACAAAGCCACUUGUCCAGCCCGGAUUUACAUUAAAAAGGUACAGAAGUUUCCUGAAUAUAGAGUUCCUACAGACCCCAAAAUUGACAAGAAAAUCAUCAGAAUGGAGCAGGAGAAAGCCUUUAACAUGCUAAAGAAGAACUUGGUAGAUGCUGGUGGUGUUCUUAGAUGGUAUGUACAGUUACCUACACAGCAAGCUCAUCAGUAUCACGAGUUAGAGACUUCCUGCCUCCCUUUGUCACCUUCUGCUUUUCCUAUGUCUUCUCUUGAAGAAGAGGAAACUGAAGUUAGAGAUGAGAAUUGUGUACUACCCUCACGUCUACAUCCUCAAGUAGCACAUAAGAUUCAAGAAUUAGUAUCACAGGGAGUAGAACAAGUGUAUGCAGUAAGGAAACAGCUAAGAAAAUUUGUUGAAAGGGAACUGUUCAAACCUGAUGAGGUACCUGAAAGGCAUAAUUUAUCUUUUUUUCCAACUGUAAAUGAUAUAAAAAAUCACAUCCAUGAGGUACAGAAAUCCUUGAGAAAUGGAGACAUGGUAUAUAAUUCAGAGAUUAUUCCAGCAACGCUUCAGUGGACUACAGAUAGUGGGAAUAUUCUCAGAGAGACUGUGACAGUUACAUUUGCAGAAGGAAAUUCACCAGGAGAAUCUAUUACCACCAAAAUGGAAGCGAAUCAGACAGGGGGUUCUUUCUCUCCAGAGCCAACCCACUUGCUCUCCUCACUUUCCUCAUUUCAGCCCAAAAUAUUCACACAACUACAGGGUUUGCAGUUACAACCAAGAUUUACCUCUCCUGAUGGAUUACCGGCUCUGAUAUCAGUAAAUAACCACUCCUCCUCCAGUCCUUCAAGACUUCUGGAUUCAGUAGGAAGUGCUGUAAAUAAUAAUAAUUCUCUACUGCUUGGUCAAAGUCAUAGCCUUCAAACAGAUACAUGCCUAACCCAAAACAAUAGUACUGCAUCUACCAUGGGUAAUCUUCAAGGACCAGAUCAAAAUCUAGUUGCCAUGGAUCAGCUGGUGGAAGUUGGAGAUGUUGAAGAUACAGGGAAUCUGGACAGAAGUGUUCAUCAGAUUCUUUUGGGAGAUGUGCAGACCAUUCCAAUACGUAUUAUAGACAACCACCCAACUCUUAUUGAAGAAAAUCCAGAAGGUACCAUUUCAGUGAGCCAAGUUAAGCAAGAACCUAAAGAACCAGCAUUGUCUAUGGAAGCAAAAAGAAAUUUGGACUGUACGAAAUUAUUUGCUACAUAAAUUAUUGAAGCCUUUCAGAAUAUACAGCUCUGGUGACUUCUGAUGUCUUAGAAAAGAAGGUGAAUAUUGCCAAAGCACGACGUUGUGAUAACUGGACUGAA